AGGGAAAUAGCUUCUCUCCCGCGGAGCUCGGUCGGUCCCUUCUUCCUUCUUCACAUGACAAUCCAGCGGCUUCCACGACACGAUGCCGACAUCCGCUUCAGCCUCAGCUCCGGCACCGCCUUCGGCCUCUCAGGCCACCGCGCGCCACCACUCCGAGCUCCUUUCCCGCCUCUCCUCGCCGGACGCCCAAGUCCAGGUCAAGGCCCUACGCGACCUCAAGAACCGCAUCAUCGGUAACCGUACUAAGAAGCUUUCUUUCAUCAAGCUCGGCUUGGUCCCCGCCGUCGCCGAUAUCCUCGCCUCCGCCGCCGAUGCUGGAGCCGAUCGGGACUCGAACCUCCUCAUCCAGUCCGCCGCCGUCGUCGGUAGCUUCGCGUGCGGCUUCGACGCCGGUGUCCUAGCCGUUCUCGAUGCCGGAGUCUUCCCUAGCCUCGUCAGGCUCUUAUCUCAUCCCGACGAGAAGGUUGUGGAUUCUGGUGCACGUUCUUUAAGAAUGAUCUACCAAUCAAAACUUGCUCCGAAGUAUGAUUUUCUUGAACAGAAAAGCAUGGAAUUUCUUCUUUCGUUAUUGAAUAGUGAGAAUGAAAAUGUAACUGGACUUGGUGCAAGCAUCAUAAUGCAUUCUUGCGAGACAGUCGAGGAGCAAAAUGCACUGUCUCAAGCUGGGGUUCUAAAGAAACUCAUUGGCCUUCUUGAAGGGUCUUUAAAUCAGAGAGAUGCUAGCUUGGAAUCUUUAGCCACAAUUAUUAAAAAUAAUGUUGAAGCUGUGUCAAUGUUUGUGGGAUCCGAGAGCGGAAGGGCUCUAAGCUCUGUGGUUGCGUUAACAAAGGAUAGGUAUCCUCGGACAAGAUUACUAGCCUCUACGUGCUUGAUUGUUAUAAGGAACACUUCUCCUUGCUAUCUGCAAGAUAUAGGAAUCAAAACCAAGUUGGUGCAUCUUCUGCUUGAGCUUCACGAUGAUCUUGGUCAAGUCGGAGAUGAAUCUUCCUUUGCUUUGUCUAGUUUAAUAGCAGAAAAAGAGGACAUGCAAAAAAUAGCAUUGGAGGCUAAUGCCAUUGAUAAACUGUACAACCAUUUGAAGAAAGCUGUCCUAAAUUCAAAACGCGUUGAAGGAAUAUUGCUGGCAAUGGCUGAUCUAUGCUCAAAGUUGGAGAGCUGUAGGUCUAAGUUUUUUUCAUUGAAGGCAUUGAACUUGGUAAUAGAUGCUCUAACUCAUGAUAGUUCCAGUGUGCGUGCUGCGGCUUGUAUUUGCUUAAGAAGUAUCUUUCGAUCAAUCAAGAGUUUAUGUGCAGGAGAUUUCAUGGAUGAAAUAAUCAUGAUUCCCUUGGUUCGUCUUUUACAUGAUCGUUGCACUUCUGUUCAGCUUGCAGCUCUCAGUGCUAUUGGCAACAUAGUUGUCGAUUUUUCCAAACGCAGGUCCAUAUUUAUACAAUGUGGAGGUCUACAACAACUUGUUCAGUUGUCAAAAUCAAUGGAUUCAGAUUUGACGGUAAAUGCUUUAGGGGCUUUGAGAAACUUGGUGUUCCUUGCGGACUACACAUGUAAGGAAAGCAUUUUUGGGGAGCUUACAGCCUCCUUAUUAGCAAGCCUUGUCUGUGAUUCGGAGCCUUCUGUCCAGGAGCAAGCUCUUGCCCUGCUCCGCAAUCUUGUUGAUGGAUGUAUGGACUCUAUUGAAUUUGUAUUUGCUGAAGAUGGUAUUAUAUUAGAUGCUAUUGGAAGGCAAUUGCAGAGUGCUUUUAAAGCUGAAAUUGGGAUACAGGGAAUGUAUGUUCUCUGCAAUGUCGCAAGUGGGAAUGAAUUUCACAAGGAAGCUGUGAUGGACCAACUUGUUCCGCAAGUAGACAAUGGAACCCAAUCAUUUGUGAUCCAGUUUCUGCAGAGCAGUGACAGCCAGUUGCGCACAGCUGUUGUCUGGACCAUUGUUAAUCUCACUUUUCCAUCAAUUCCUGGUGCAUUUGGUCGCGUAGCAAAACUACGUAAUGCUGGCAUAGUUUCUCAAAUGAAGAACAUGGUCAACGAUCCUUGCCUAGAAGUAAAGCUUCGUGUAAGAACAGCACUGGGGCAGUUUAUGACUUUUGGUGAUGGUUCAACAUGAUGCCUUUUUCCUACCCCCCUUAGGCCCCAACGAAGGGAAAAAAAAAAAUGACAUUGAAGUUCUGUCACUGCGCAACUUUUUUGAAUGGAUGUCUCAACCUUUCACCCGCAUUUUUCAAGUAAAUGAUAUGCUUCAAUCGAAGUUUUAUAUGACAUCUUUGUGGUCUCGAAGGAAUGUACUAUUUCCAAGAUGCAAUCGAGAUCGAUUUUUUAUUUUUUAUUUUUAAUGUAUGUAUAAUUUAAAGAGUUUAAGAAUUCAUGUUAUUCAAACAGGCCUUGGCAGUUAGAUGUCAUUUAGGUCAAGUGAUUAGUAACAGCUAGGUAAAGUUUUGUCUCCAACUCCAGGAUGAAGAGUGUACACGGAAGCUUUUUGUCAAUACGGCUUGCUCACAGUCGAUUUUUCUUUCAGCAGUUAUGUGAUUGUAUGAAAAUUUUAUGUUCUCAACCAGUUAUGGAAGUGAUUUACAGUAGGAUUUAUCG